AGAGAGGGGGCGGGAGAGGAGGGGAGGGUGAAGGCGAGGGGAGCUCCGUGGAACUGGCCGUGCCCCGCCGGGCUCUGGGCUCCCCCCGCCCGUGCUCAUUUCCUGGGUGGAGCUGGGCUAGGCAGAGGCAAAAGCCUUUAAAACCUUCCAGCCCCAGCUCGCGGGAGCCAGCAGGUCCCAGCAAGCGCCGAGGAGCCAAGCGGGGAGCGGGUGGAAUCCGUCCGGCGGGCCUGGCCCCUGGCCAGCCCGACGUUUCGAUGAGCCUUCUGGGCCGGACGCCAGGCUGAGCCCCGGAGCGGCUCCCUCUUGCCCGAGGAGUGGGCCUGUGCGUGGCCCAUGGACCUGGCCGGUGGCCGGCGACGUCGCUGGGGUUCCCACCGGCUGCUGCGGGCCGGGAUCCCCGGGGGCAGGAGCUAGGCUGACUUCCUCGCCCCAGCCUUAGGCAGGCAGCUGCUUGUCGCCGCGGGGGCCCCCUGCCUGCCAUGGGGCCGUUCUUCCUCUUCCUGCUGGCCCUGGUGCGGGCCUGGGCGAGCCAGGCCCUGUCCACCUGCAAGACCAUCGACAUGGAGCUGAUGAAGCGGAAGCGGAUCGAGGCGAUCCGCGGGCAGAUCCUCAGCAAGCUGCGGCUGGACAGCCCGCCCCAGGUGGAGGGGGGGGACGCCGCCCUGCUCCGCCUGCCCGAGGAGGUGAUGUCGCUCUAUAACAGUACCCGUGACAUGGCGCAGGACAUGGCCCGCCAGCAGGAGGCGGCGAAGCCACGCGAGAGCCCCCAGGACGAGUACUACGCCAAGGAGGUGCACAAGUUCUCCAUGCUGCCGGUGAAAGACGUCAGCUACACGCACUGGGAGAAGACCACCCAGAGCACCUUCUUCCUGUUCAAUGCCUCGCAGGUGCGGGCGCAGAUCAGCAGUGAGGCCCUGCUGCACCGGGCCGAGCUGCGCAUGCUGCAGAAGCCGGGCAUGGAGCAGCGGGUGGAGCUGUACCAGGUGCGCUGGGCCCCUGGGCGGGGCAGGCAGUGUGGGUUCUUGGCGGGGCUAGACCAGAGAGGGCGUCUCCCCCCGCCCCCAGCACACUGGCUCACGCCCAUCUCCCCCCAGCACUACGGGAACGGGUCCUGGCGCUAUCUGGACAGUCGCGCCGUGGGGCGGGCACCAGAGGAGGAGUGGCUGGCCUUCGACGUCACCGAGGUGGUUCGCCAGUGGCUGAGUGGCCGAGAGGUUCUGGAGAUCUUUAAACUCCGUGUUCACUGCUCCUGUGAGGACACCUGCGAGGAACUGAAAGUGAACAUAGACGGCUUCGACAAGAGGCGAGGUGACCUAGGCACCGUCUCCUCCACGGCCCAGAAGGUGCCGUAUGUGCUGGUGAUGUCCAUCCCCCUGGAGCGCGCCAGCCACCUGCAGAGCUCGCGCCAUCGCCGGGCACUGGACACCGACUACUGCUUCGGGGCGGAGGAGAAGAAUUGCUGUGUGCGGCCUCUCUUCAUCGACUUCCGCAAGGACCUGCAGUGGAAGUGGAUCCACGAGCCCAAGGGCUACAUGGCCAACUUCUGCAUGGGCCCCUGCCCCUACAUCUGGAGCUCCGACACCCAGUACAGCAAGGUCCUGGCCUUGUACAACCAGCACAACCCGGGCGCCUCGGCUGCACCCUGCUGCGUCCCCCAGGCCCUGGCACCUCUGCCCAUCGUCUACUACGUGGGGCGGAAGCCCAAGGUGGAGCAGCUCUCCAACAUGAUCGUCAGUUCCUGCAAGUGCAGCUGAUCGCCCAGGACACAGGGACUCACUCCCCUCCCCCAGGAACGGGGG